GGCUGAAGAGCCCAAAAUCCCGGCUGCAAUCCUGCAGUGGGGGGUAAUAUUUCUUAUUUAGGUGUAACACCAAAAAAGAAGAAGACGUACCAGAUUUUUCAAGUGCGCCAAAAAAACCCGCUUUAAACAUUACGCACGGCUUCUUCUAUCUUAUCCCAAUACAUUUUCUCCCUGCAUUGACAUACCGGGAACCGAAGGUGGUGGUGGGGGGGACUUCUAAGGCAUGGAGUCCCGAUUUUACCAAGCGACCCACCGGGAGGAAUGAAACUGAGAAAAUCCGUCGCGGUGGAAUAUUAAUAACCUAAUCCUAACGAUAAUCCAGGGGAUGUUGCAGCAGAGUUUGGGACUCUAGAGAGCAUUCCAACUUUUCUUGGUCUCGAUUUUUAAUCCCUCUACUCAUCUUCGUCGCCUGUGGGACUUCUAUUUUCGUGACAGAUUUGCAGCACUUCACUUCUCCAUCAUGGACCGCUCGACGUCUUUGGAUAUAGAAGCGCUCAAGGUUGAGAGACUUUACUAAGUUUUGGAAGGAUUCUUUUACAAAGAGGAAAGCAACAAUCAAGAUGACCCAAGAGCAGUACAUCCUUGCAGCGCAGCCCAACCCGCUACACCAGAGGGGGGCGUCAGUGUGUGGCACCCAGGUUUACCCUGCAGUGGGGAUCUACGGCUGGAGGAAAAGAUGCCUGUACUUCUUCAUCCUCCUCCUUCUCGUCACCAUGAUUGUCAACCUGGCGCUGACCAUCUGGAUUCUCAAAGUCAUGAACUUCACUCCGGAUGGUAUGGGGAAACUGCGGGUGACCAAGGAGGGUGUCAGAUUGGAGGGCGUGUCUGAAUUCUUAUUGCCUUUAUACGUCAAACAGAUCCAGUCACGAAGGGACAGUCCACUGAUCCUCCAAUCAGACAGAAAUGUGACAGUAAACGCCAGAAAUGACCAGGGACAUCUGACCGGUCAGCUCACCGUGGGUUCAGAAAUGGUGGAAGCCCAGUGCCAGAGGUUUGAGGUGAGAAGUACAGACGGAGAGAGAGUCCUGUUCUCAGCAGAUGAAGAGGAGAUCAGCAUCGGCACCGAGAAGCUAAGAGUCACAGGCAAUGAAGGCGUGGUGUUCAGCCAUUCUGUUGAGACGUCACAUGUACGGGCAGAGCCGUUUCAGGACCUAAAGCUGGAGUCACCGACUCGGACCCUAACCCUGGAGGCCCCCAGAGGGGUAGAGGUGAACGCUGGAGUGGGAGACUUCACAGUGUCCUGUAGGAAAGAUCUUCUUUUACAGUCGUCAGAAGGAGAGAUCUUUCUAGACGCCAACACUAUUAGACUGGGCAACAUUCCCCUGGGCAGUGCUGUCGACCCCCUGGAGGGGGCGCCGGCUGGUACCACCUACACCAAACAGACUGUGUACGAGCUAUGUUCCUGUGCUAAUGGCAAGCUUUACCUGUCCCCUGCUGAGAAAGGCUCGACCUGCCAAACAACCAGUAACUUUUGUCUCUGGAGCUGAAAGCGGGAGACUGACACAAGCCUGGGACGUACGGACCAUUAGAGUUUGAAGCUAAUGCUAGCCAGCAGAAUGACCAGAACCAACAUGGAUUAUGGCCUGGUGGAAAGCUUAUGCAAGCUAACAGACCCAAUCAACAAGGACUGAAGCAUGGAGAGAUGUUCAUGUUCGUUGAUUAAUCAAAUUUAUUGAGUUAGAGGUUAGUCAGGAGGUAAUGCUUGCAAACAGACCAGUGGACAUGGACUGUGGCUUGGUGCAAAGCUUAUGCCGACUAAAGGAUUGACUGGACAGAGCUCAAUGAGAAUAUUGCCAGCUCACAGACCAAAUUAAUAUGGAUUGGUCAGUAGCUAAAGAGAUGGAUGACUCAGCAGAAAGCAAAAGCUAACCAGGUUAGCUGGAUAUUUGAUGCUAUGCCCCCUCAUGGACCUAAACAGACAGUCUAUCUCUGGGGCUCUCAAUGACUGUCUUUUUCAUUGUUAAAUUGCUGCCGUGAUGGUUUGUGAAAGUCACAAGAAACACCACUGGUGGUUAUCUGGGAGAAGCAAACGCGCUUACAACAAUAGUGAGUUGUUUGUGAACUGUUGAAACCAAAAUGGCCUGACAAGCGCCUGUUUUUGUCAGGAAAAUAGAUACAGCAAUGGACUGCAAGCGAGCCAGCAGGAACAAGAACAAGGAGAAGAUGGGAAACAGAGACCGGCAUGGACCUUGGUGUAGCCCUAUGGGUAGCUUAUAAGAAAAUCAGACAUUGGUUUAGUCUAGUGGGAAGCUAAGGCUAGCUAACGGACCAAUUUAUACCAGAAAGGCCUUCCCCCACCUUUCCCUCAAGUCUCACAUCCUGAACAUUAAUAUCUGAACCUUCCACAUUAAUCUGCACAUGGUAGUGAUAAUGCUCCCAAACCCCAGUUUUCAUGAAAAAUGCAAAUAAUGGCGCUACCACCUCCCAUCAUGACUAUUUCCCCCAUACAUUGUCUGAUUUUAAACUUGUUCCUUUAUUUUUUGUUAUUGUUUUUUCAGAUGAAAUCUUAUUUCCUGCUGCAUAUGUCUCGAGAUCCUAGUCAAGUCUCUUACCUUUUCAUUUUUUUCUGCUUCUGUUCUUUUCUAUAUGCUCUGGUUAUUUUGGUCUGUCUAUGCCUCUACAAGCACUUGACUGCAAGAAAAAGAAUUUUCCAAUGAUAAAUUUAUGACUAUAAAAGGAUCAUUUGCUUUUGUCUAACUGGAUCACCACAGCUGUACUCCUAGAGUCAUUUUAUCCAGACAUAAAGUUACUCUUUAGAUAGGGACAAGGAGCUGAUUAAAUUACGAAGAGAAAAGGCUCUUAUGUAAUCAUACUUUAUAGUAAUUAUACCCACCUGAGCCUCAUAAACCAGGUCUCAGGUGGGAGCAAAAGCUGACCAACUUAUUUUUAAGCAUGGGUAAAACUUCAUUGGGGUAAAGCAGCAGAUGGCCAGAUCAUUUCAACUAUUUGAGGACAAUUCUACAUCUUCAUCUUGUGUUCCCUGUCUGCCAGAUCUUUAACAGUCUUUUUGCAUGACCUUUCUGCUCUUCUCCUACUUUUUCUUCCUGUUUGUUUUGAGUUUCAUUGACAGUAUUAUUCCCACUUUAUACUCAAGUUUUCCUUUUGGUCCCUUCAUCAGCCUGCCUUUAAUGCUAUAUCCUCACACUUCUCUUAGCUCCUCAACACUUUCAUUCUUCUUCUAGCAGGGUUUAAAAGCUUGUUAUCCCAUUAUGUGUCCCUAACCCAACACUCAAAAACUAAGUGCAGCCUAAAAGUGAUAUCAAGUAAUCUGAGUACAUUGGUCAAUUUAGCAUUUCCCGAAACUAAUGUGGUUAAAAGUAAAUUUUCAUAUUUUGGUAGAAUUGUUAAUUUAAUAUUUGUCAUCAACAAGCAGGUGGAGUGUCAUAAAGUUAAAGCUAGCAUAAUUUUGGCAAUCCGUGUUAUCCCUCAAAUAUAACAGAUUUAUCAAAAUGUACAGUCCUGUGCAUAAGUUUUAGGCAUGUAAGGUGCUAAGUAUUCAUCAUGGGGCCCAAUGUGCAACAACGCGGUGGGGGGGAAGUCAGGCUUGACACAUGCCAAUACAAUGGCAGUCAAGGUCAAGGCCGACAGCCUCUCCUUUGUCAGGGCUUUUUCACCCCUGUAAUAUGCCCAGAGACCGCCGGCAGUUUUCAGGCCUUUGGGACAUGCACAACAUGACCAAAGGCUAAUGGCAACACUACUACCUAUCUGGACGGCUCCCUAGGCCGUGCUUACUCCCCAUCCACCCCUUACUCCCUACCCUAAAAGUGUGGACUUUAUUUUUUCAACAGAUUAUUUUCCAAUGCCCCUGGUACACUGUAAGAAUGAAUUAGAGGGCCUAACGUAAAAAAGUUAAGUAUCAAGUUUCACAGCUUUUUUGAGUUAAGGGGCCCAACUUAAGACUUCAUGUUGCCAUUUAGUUGGCAUUACAUGCUCUGAGCUAAAAACUGUUGAGGUGGCAGGAAAUGUUUCCAAUAGAAAUAUAUAUUUCUGUCUUUUCAACUUAAUAAUUGCACCCAACUUGGCGCAACUUGAACCCCCAGAAAAGUCUGUCUCAACUUUAAUCUAUAUGCUCACUUGGUGUAUAUCUCACAUAGUUAAAGAGACUCAAUAUAACAUGUAUUAACUUGUAAAGUUAUCAAAAGUGUACCCAAUACUUCAUAAUUUGUUUACUCUGCAAUCAAGUUGCAUUUUUUACAGUGUAAUAUGCUAGGAGAUCCAGAGCAUGAAUUGCGUCAGUCCUCCUUCCCGCCCAGUGUUGCACUCAGGCAGGUUUACUCAGCAUUACACGCUUUACUUCAGCCUCAAUUUUUGGCCGUAACAUGCCUAGAAAGUCUGCACAGUACUGUAUAACAUAGGGCACUUGGUGUCAGUGCCGAUUUAGUGCUUGGUAUUGAUGCUUAAAUCUACAUAUUAGGAUUCAGUUCAAAAUGUCUCUUCAUAUCACGUUUUAAAGUUGUCUCCAUCUUAAAUUGGCAAGGUUCACUUCUUAAACACCAUUUCCCACCCUAGAGUCAAGUAUCAGGUAAAAUUUCCCUCUGAAUUCACUCUUCAUCCCCUUUCAGAGGAUCUUCAACUGAAGCAAGAAAAUUCAAGAAGAUUCAACAUACAGUAUAAUUCCCAUGGUUAGAUUUUCUAUAUUCAAUCAGUCUCCAUAGGGGGAUCAACUGAAGGGCCUCAAGCUGGCAUAUCAGGGCCCAACCUUUGUGACGGCUGGAAAUCACAGGAAAUCAGCAAAUUUCUCUGACAGAAAUACCCCCCCAGAGGAAAUUACGAAUGGAUUUGGUUUAAUUUGUAUGGACUCAACCAGAUUAAGGCCCUGAGGUGUACUUUCUUUUUUAAAACAAAGUGAAACACAGGUGCCUUUGCUGCUGUUGGUAAAAGCACAUCACAGUCUGAACAUUCACACUACCCUCAGUGGACCAUCUGCAAGUGUCUAGAAAAAUCUAUUUAUCGAUCUACCUAUCUAUUUGUUAAUUUCUCUGUCUUUUCCCUCCUCCUCCUCCUUCUCCUGGUUUUGUAGAACUCUCAGUAUAUCCUGCUGAAAAAGACAAUUCAAUCCUGGUUUAAAAUUUAAUUUUCUGAUGUGUUCCCUUAUGGUUUUAUUCUUGAUAAUAAAAAAGCACAAA